UGAAUGGUAAAAAUUGUAAUCUUGAGGAGGACGAGGGGAGUGCUUUUAUAUUUUUGUGUAUUUCUGGCAAAAGAAAAUCGGGAAAAGAAAGAAUUUGCUAAAAUUAAUAAUUUAAAUUUUAAUGAUUUAAUGAGUGAUGGAAAAGCUAAAGAAUUGGUUAGGAAAGAAAUGAUUGAAUUUGGAGAAAAAUUGAGAAAAGAAGAUUUUGGAAUAUUUUGUAGAAAAAUUCAAAAUUUACCUCCUCCACCACCAACAACAACAAAUCCUUCAACAACAACAAAUAAAUUUAAAGAAAUUAUUUUAAUUUCUGAUUGUCGUAGACCUACAGAUUUGGAAUUUUUUAAAAAUAAAUUUAAAAACUCCUCAAUUAUUUCCGUCAGAAUUAAUUCAAAAAUAGAAAUUCGACAAAAGAGAGGAUUUGUAUUUAUUGAAGGAAUUGAUAAUGAAGAAUCUGAAUGUGCUUUAGAUGAAUAUAAAAAUUGGGAUUUUAAUUUAUUUAAUAAUGAAGAUGGAGAAGAGAGAGAAGAAGUCGAAAAAGAAUUAAAAAAUAUAAUUUUUUAUUUAAAACAAUUAAUUAAUUGA